AUGGCCACCGUAACUACCUGGCAGACCAUCGCUACAGAAUCUCAGGAAUCUCUACUCAAUUCAAUCCCUACCAAAUGGCGUCUACCUGGCCCAGUCGACGCUUCGAUCACAGACGUCCGCUCAAUCCCGCGCACCUGCGGCUUACUGACCGAGAAGCAGCUGGAGUUGACGGAGCAAACGGCCAGCGAAUUACUUCCCAAGCUGCAUGAUGGGACGUUAUCAUCGGCCGAAGUCACCGAGGCAUUUUGUGCUCGAGCAGCUAUUGCGCAUCAAUGUGUAAACUGUCUCACGGCAUUCUUCUCAGAAGAAGCCAUGGCUCGGGCUAGAGAGCUAGAUGGUAUUCUUGCGAAGACGGGAAAGCCAGUAGGUCCUCUACAUGGACUACCUGUUGGUAUCAAGGACAUUUUCCACAUGAAAGGCAAAAGAUUGACAAUGGGUUACGUUGCAUGGCACGACAAUGAGUGCACGACGGACGCUUCGGUCGUUCAGAUCCUCAGAAAUGCAGGUGCCGUCUUCUUCGUUCGUACCACGAUGCCCCAGACCGGCAUGUUUCUCGAGACCUGGAGCAACCUCUGGGGCCGGACGAAGAACCCAUUCAACACGAACUUCUCGGCCGGUGGGUCGUCCGGUGGUGACGGUGCCCUCGUCGCCAUGCGAGGCGCGCCGUUCUGCCCGUCGACAGACAUCGGCGGAAGCAUUCGUGCCCCGGGGACGUUCAACGGCUUGUACGCCAUGCGUCCCACCUCCGAACGUACGGCGAAGCGAGGGAUGGGCACGGCCGCCCCCGGACAAAUCUCCAUCAAGGUCUCUUGCGGUCCGAACUGCCACAGCAUGUCGGAUUUGAAACUCGUCACCGAGAUACUACUGACACAUCAUGGUCUCCCGUUCGAAACGACCGCCGUCCCCAUGCCUUGGAGGAAGCAAAUCAGAGCUCAACAAGGUGACAAACUGUGUUUUGGGUUAAUGACGACAGACGAUUGUGUCACACCUCAUCCACCAAUUGCUCGUGCAUUGCAGGAAACGGCAGCAAAAUUAAGAAGAGCCGGGCAUGAAGUGAUCGAAUUCAAACCUCCUUUUGACUGCUGGGAAAUCGCACAUGCAACUUGGCAACUCUGGUUCCAGACCGGCGCGAAGGAAACCAUCGACCUGGUCGAAUCCUCUGGUGAACCAAUCUACUCGACGUUCCAAUGGUACUUGGACUUUUUCAAGAUCAAACCUUUGACCGUCCCCGAAUUGUUCAAGCUCAACACCAAACUCGCCGAAUGUCGAUACUCCUUCACGCGGGCAUGGCACGAGACGAGCGAGCGCACCGGCACCUCGCGUCCCAUCGACGCCCUCAUCGCCCCCUGCGCCCCUUCGGCGAGUUUCCCCCACGGCCACCCGGUGUGGUGGGGGUACUUUAGCCUCUGGAACCUGUUGGACUAUCCCAGCGUCGUGAUGCCGAUGAAGAAGAUGAGAGUCGAUCCGAUCAAGGACGCAAAAGGGGAUAUAAAUCACACCCCAAAGGACAAUGUCUUUGACAAGAUGAAUUGGGAAAUGUACGAUCCGGAACUUUGGAAAAAUCAACCCUUGACUAUUCAAAUCGUGAAACCUCAAUUCAUGGAUGAAGAACUCAUAUCUGUCUCUGAGACUAUUGAUGAGUUAUGUAAUGCGUGAAGAAAAAAGGACUCGUGGGUGAGGAAAUAAAAAAGAGGUCUAUCAUAUAGCACGUAUAGAGAGAGAGAGAAAGAGAGAGAGAGAAAGAGAGAGAGAGAGAGAGAGCAUGGAUAAGUCUCGUUGGCAUCACUAGGGGGAGGAACUCGACGAGACUUUUGCG